CCCAGCUAGCCGCGCACAGCCAUGAGCACCUCGACUCGCCAGCUCUCAAUCAAGGCCGGCGUCGUCACCCGGCUCGCCAAGGACGUCAAGGGCUACCGGGCAGAGGCCGAGGCGCAGAUGGCCAAGGUCGCACAGAUGGAGGCCGACUCGGCCGACGAGUACGAGCUGCGCGCACAGCGUCGCGUCCUGGCCGAGGGCGAGGCCAUGGUUCCCGACGCCGAGCAGCGCCUCGCGAAAGCCGUCGCCGACCUCGAAGACCUUGUCGCGAGCACCGAGGACGAGCUGAGCGCGUCGGACGAGUUCAAGCGCGCAAAGGAGGCGCUGCAGCUCGCCGAGUCGACCUGAGUGUCCGCGCUUUUCGCCGGCGCAGUCGGGCUCGCUCGAGUACGUCGGUGCUGCUUGCCCGACCAGUGGAGCAGGGUCGAUCCGUUUGGCCGAGGGCGAGCCGGCGCGCGAGGAGGAGGAGCGCUCGCCGAUUUUCAAGCGUCGCGGCCAGGUUUGUGCGGCACGUCGUCGUCCUUUGUGUACCCUUGCGACUUUUCAAUGUACAACGCUGCAGUACUGCAUC